AGUUUAAGUGAGGUGAAAUUUGGGGGCACGCAAGACAAAUCAGACUCGUGAAAGGGGUACAGUUGUCUGGAAAGGUUGAGAACCACUGCAAUAGACUAAAUGAGGAGCGGGAAGGAAUAUAACACACAUGCAGAGGGAAAGGAAGGGGUGAGCAUUGGAGUGAGGGUGGCAAAGGGUCAUAGGAGAAGGGAAAGACGAAGGGUGUGAGCAUAGAAGGCAGUGGAGUAAGGCUGAAGUGAAGAGACUGUGUAUGAAGGUCUAGAAGGGAGUUGGAGUAAAUGGCCAUUUAUCACAGAGGAGAGAAAAAAUUGAGCAAAGACUCGACAACAUUAGCGUCCUAACUGUGCCAGGUGCAACCCAUUUACUUCUGCUGGCUUGAGUCUCUGGUUGGCUCUGGGGGAAGCAUGGCACUUCACGUGCCCUGGUACCUUUGGAGAAGGGGUUUUCUCCAGCAUCCCUGGACUGAGAAAUGUGUCACAGGAGAGGGUUAUUCUGCCUGCGCCUCUUCUCCCUUGUGAUGCAUCUGUAUGUGCUGCAACUGCUUCUGUUAAGUUGUGUUUUUAAACACUGGAGAUGUGGUAGUCCUGUCUAGCCAGGGUUCCCAACAUUGCUAAUGUUAGUGGGACUAAAUCAGUGUUAGUAAAAUGAUGGGAAAUGGAACAUAUUUCCUAAUGUACGCAAGUCAAAGGUAUCCCUCUGCCAUCUGGAGAAAAGUAGUGAGGAUGGGGGAAGUAUGAGUGAAUGCAAUGAAAAAAACCAUUGUAAUGCAUAUAUUCAAGGAGGCCGGGUUAAAGUUACUGUGGAGACUUUAACUCUGAAUUUCCUGACUCUUUUGUGAUUCAAAUUUCAGCCAUAACACUUAAUUAACAGAUAAUUGCUUUAUCAUUUCCUUUAAGGAAAGAGAGAAUUGGUUGAGAGGAUAGAAAAAAUGGUAGAUAUUAGAGAAUUGUUUAGAGAGAAAACAAAACAAAGAACCCCCUACACACACAAACUCUCUAAAAGGAAGGAUUUUGAAAACAAAGCCAUUUGAGUUCUCCAAAAGUAAAAACAACUAUACUGAAGCACAGAAACGUGUUUUCCCCCUACUUUUGAUAAACUAUUUUUGGCUGGAACAGUAGGGGGAAACACUGUGCUUCAGUAUAGUUGUUUUUAGAAUAAUUGUUGUUUUCAGAAUAAUUCAUGUGGUAUAAGAGUAAGUAUAAGAAACUUUAGCCCAUCCGCUAAUUUACAGAAAGCAACUGAAAAUAAGGGUUUACAAUGAAAGUGCCAUCUCAGUAUUAACUACACCAUCCCUAUCGCUGUUAUCAUACUAGGAUGAAGGUACAAUACAAAAGGAACCAUUUAGCUAACUUCUUGAGAUGUAAGCAGUUUAAUUAUAUUGUACAAGUCUAUGAACUGUAGAAUUUCCUGUAACUUUCUUGGGCUAGGGAAACUUCUUGACCUGCCUGACAGGUCUGCUAGACUUCCAACUAUUUUCUCAUAUGUACUGUUGCUACAGUGAAAAAGAAUUCCUUGUGCUGUAGUCAUUGGGUUCCAUUCAUGGUUUAAAAAUAAAUUUAGCAUGGGUAACUUAGUCCAGUCCGCUACACUAGUGUAAGACUGUACCUUGUGCUUUUUGUGUAUUUCAGGUUCCGUUUGAACAUUCACUAACAAUAUAGCCAGAUGGGACUCCCUUUGGUCUUCAAGUUAAACUUGUCAUUAGAAGUCCUAUAUUUGAGGAAUCCAAAAGAAUUUUUUCGAUGUAUAACAGCAGUCAUUUGUACUUACCCUCUUGAUAUGGUAAGAGCACGUCUGGCAUUCCAAGUAAAAGGGGAGCACAAGUACACAGGAAUUAUUCAUGCAUUCAAGACUAUUUAUACAAAGGAAGGAGGUUUCAUUGGAUUUUACAGAGGACUGAUGCCUACAGUUGUAGGAAUGGCUCCUUAUGCAGUGUCUUCUCAACACGUUGCAAAUUACAACAAGCUGACUCCUAGACCACACUUAGGUUUUUCGUUUUUUACCUUUAGUACCUUAAAGAGCAUUGGACUUGCCCAAGCACCUAACCUGCUUGGAAGGCCUUCAUUAGAUAAUCCUGAAGUCUUAGUUUUGAAAACGCAUGUAAGCUUGCUAUAUGGUGGCAUGGCUGGAGCAAUAGCACAGACAAUCUCAUAUCCACUUGAUGUAACUCGUAGGCGAAUGCAGUUAGGAGCAGCUCUUCCAGAUGCUGACAAGUGCCUUUUUCAGAAGAGAGCAGUUGACUUCUGUGACACAACACUCAGCAAAGGUUUGAACAACAGAUACUGUGUAUUAAGAGUCAACAUAAUACAGAAAAAUGAAGAUGGUCCUGAGAAACACCUGACAAUUACAGCCUCUCAGUCACUUGAAGAUACAGAACUGUGUAUUCUAAAGAAUGACUGGUAUUCUGUUCCAGUAGUUCCAGGAGACAUCAUUCACUUAGAAGGAGAUUGUCAUUCUGGUACCUGGAUAAUAAAUAGAGACUCUGGAUAUCUAAUUCUGUACCCAGACUUGCUGCUUUCUGGCACAACAGUAUCAAAUAGUAUUCGAUGUAUGAGAAAAGCAGUACUGAGUGAAAAGUUCAGGAGUUGUGAGUCCAGUUCACGGCAGAUGCUGAUUGGUACAAUCCUUCAUGAAACUUUCCAGCAAGGAGUAACAAAUAACUUUGCACACGAAAAACUACAAGAACUUGCCUUCAGAACUGUCCAUGGACCAAAGUAUCUAAAAGAAAUGUACUACUUAAAUCUGAAACAAGAAGAAAUCAUGCAAGAGAUAGAAGAAUAUCUUCCAUCAAUAUCUAAAUGGGCAGAAGACUUCAUGCACAAACCUAGUCAAGCUAACCACAACAAAAUGCAGCUAAAACUACCAAGUGAAGGAAAAAUAGAAGAUCUAUCGUGUAAUAUUGAGGUUACAGAGUUCCUGGAUAUUGAAGAGAAUAUCUGGUCUCCCAGGUUUGGAUUAAAGGGCAAGAUUGAUGUUACAGUUGGUGUGAAAAUACACCGCAAGUCUGGAACGCAAUAUAAGAUAAUGCCAUUGGAGCUUAAAACUGGCAAGGAAUCUAACUCCAUAGAACACAGAAGUCAGGUUGUUCUGUACACCUUGUUGAACCAAGAACGAAGAGUGGAUCCUGAAGCUGGAUUUCUUCUUUACCUUAAAACUGGCAAUAUGUAUCCUGUGUCUGGCAAUCGUAUGGAUAGGAGAGAAUUGCUAAAGCUAAGAGACCAACUGGCAUUUUACUUAUUCCACAGUAUGUGUAAAUCUGCCCUGGGAAAUAAGCAAACACAACUUGCCUCUUUGCCUCCUCUAAUUGAUGAUAGUCGGGCCUGUAAAUAUUGCUCACAAAUGCACAACUGCUUUCUUUAUAGCAGAGCUGUAGAGCAACAGAUGGAUAAUGUCCUUAUUCCUCCUGCUGUGGUACCCAUUAUUGAAAAAGAGACCCAGCAUCUGAAACUGUCUCACUUACAGUAUUUCAGCCUGUGGUAUCUGAUGUUAACCUUGGAGUCACAGUGCGGAGAGGGCAAAAAGGGACGUAAAAAUAUAUGGCUGAUGCCUGCUUCAGAAAGAGAAAAGGCUGGAGACUGCAUUGGAAAUAUGAUCAGAGUCGAACAUGUGCAGGAAGCUUCUGAAGGACAAUAUCUACAUUAUUUCCAGCGUAAAAAUGGUACCAUGCCUGGAACAAACCUGUUGGUAGGAGAUAGAGUUGUUGUGAGUGGAGAGAAGACAUUACUUGGCUUGUCUGCUGGCUAUGUUAAAGAGGUCAAUGUGACAACAGUUUCCUGUUUAUUGGACAGGAACUUAUCUAAACUCCCUAAGGACACUAUAUUUAGGCUAGAUCAUGAAGAAGGAAUUUCUGGUAUUGAUGCCCCCCUAAGAAAUCUUUCUAAACUGAUGGAGAAUUCUUCUGCCAGUGAAAAGCUUCGUAACUUAAUAAUUGACUUCCACAAACCACUGUUCAUCCAGCACUUGAGCUCUGUUCUUCCUCCUGAAGCAAAGGAAACAGUUGCAAACAUUUUAAAGGGUCUGAAUAAGCCUCAGAAACAGGCAAUGAAACAAGUGCUACUUUCAAAAGAUUACACGCUCAUCGUGGGUAUGCCUGGAACAGGAAAAACUACUACAAUAUGUGCUCUAGUAAGAAUUCUUUAUGCCUGUGGCUUCAGUGUUCUGCUGACAAGUUUUACACACACUGCUGUUGACAAUAUCCUGCUGAAGUUAGCCAGGUUCAAAGUAGGAUUUUUGCGCUUGGGGCGAGCUCAGAAGGUUCAUCCAGAUAUACGGAAGUUUACAGAGGAAGAAAUUUGCAGAUCCAAAUCAAUUAAAUCUAUAACUCAUUUGGAGGAACUCUAUAACAAUCAACCAGUAGUUGCAACAACGUGCAUGGGAGUAAACCAUCCAAUUUUUGCUCGGAAACUGUUUGACUUCUGCAUAGUGGAUGAGGCUUCUCAAAUAAGCCAGCCAAUCUGCCUGGGUCCACUCUUCUAUUCACAUAGGUUUGUGCUGGUGGGGGACCAUCAACAGCUACCUCCACUUGUACACAACACAGAAGCAAGAGAUCUUGGCAUGAGUGAAAGUUUGUUUAAGAGACUGGAACAAAACAAGAAUGCUGUUGUCCAGUUAACUGUGCAGUACAGAAUGAAUAGUAAAAUUAUGUCACUAAGUAAUAAGUUGGUGUAUGAAGGCAAAUUGGAAUGUGGCUCAGAGAAAGUGUCCAAAGCCACUGUUAUCCUGCCAAACUUAAAAAACUUGACGCUGGAGCUGGAAUUAUUUGCAGAUUCUUCAGAAACAUGGUUGAAAGAAACACUUGAGCCAAACAAUCCUGUGUGUUUUCUUAACACAGAAAAGGUUCCAGCACCAGAACAGGCAGAAAAAGGUGGUGUAAGUAACAUGACAGAAGCCAAACUAGUACUCUUCCUCACCUCCUUCUUUAUUAAGGCUGGCUGUAAAGCUUCAGAUAUUGGUAUCGUAUCUCCAUACAGACAUCAGUUAAAGAUAAUCACUGAUUUAAUGAAAAGCUCAUGUAUCAGUACAGUGGAAGUAAAUACUGUGGACAAAUACCAAGGAAGAGACAAAAGUAUCAUAAUAGUAUCUUUUGUUAGGAAUAACAAUGAUGGAAAUCUUGGAACACUUCUGAUGGAUUGGAGGCGUCUUAAUGUUGCUAUUACAAGAGCGAAGCACAAGUUAAUCAUGCUGGGCUGUGUUCCAUCACUGUGCCGCUAUCCUCCAUUAGAGAAGCUACUCUGCCAUUUAAACUCUGAAGCCAUGAUUUUCAAUCUUCCGUCAGGGGCACAUGAACGUGUCUAUCAGGUCUAUGACCUUCUAUGACUGUAAAGAUGAAGAAUUUGAGGAAAAAAGUCAUCUUGUUCAUUUUCUACAUGUGCAACUGAAUGCAAAAAAUGGUUUAGUAGACUAUGGGUGCUGAGUGCAGCAUGUAGUCUGAAUGGAUUUGAUUUCAGUCUGGUUUCUCAAACUGUAAAAGUUUCUUCUCACCAUAUUGCACAAAUUCUUAUAAAGAAAACAGGUAAUUUUAUUACCAGCGUGACACUACCAUAUCAGUAGCACAAAAGUCUGCACUUCUAGAGGUACUAGAUAGCUACUCUCAUAUUCCAUUUUCCUUUGGAUAUAUAUUUAUCUAUGUAUUUCUUGUGCGGGAUAAGAAAUUGCUUACUUGCCACUCAGUACAAAUAAUAGACACUGCUUUGAGUGACUACAUUUGGGAUCAUUUUGGUUUUGCAGAUUUUAAAAUGUAGUUCUUACAUAGAAAUUCCCUUCUUUCUUACAAACUUUAAGAUCGUGUUUUUGUGCCUCUUAGAAAAUAUGAGAGAGUUCCCUUUUCUAUUUCCAAUGCCCAUCCUGUUGCUUUCUUUUUAAAGUCUAUCAUAUGUGUAAGAACAUAACACUCUUUUAUGUUUACAUACAUAAUUGUAUUCUAGACUUCUCACACUGACACAACUUGAUAACCUAUUUCCAUCUUCCACUAGCUUUUGGAUACGUUCUGAGAAAUGUGAUGUUGAUAUACCUAUUUGCCUAUAAGAGUUAAAUUAUUUUAGCAAAUGAAAGCUUUUAAAAAACUUAUGGGGUGAAAUCCUGGCCAACCUUGAAGUCAAUGGCAAGACUCUGACUUUAAUGGAGCCAGGAUUUCAUAUGUAAUAUGAAUGUAAUAUUGGCUUUCAUUUGGGAGUUGUUGGGUUGGGGACAGAUUUGUAGCUUACUGUUAAUAAACUUACAUGCCAGGUUGUUUCCUUAAAUGAUGCAAAUUUCCCUUUACUUGACACAGUAUAAGAAAGCUAAAAUAGAACUACCUCAUGCUUAACGCUUCAGUUUAUGCUAUUAACCUAACAUUAAUUUGUAGAUUUUAACUUUUGACUCUUCAAAAAGACACUCAUGCCUUUCAUUGUAUUUUUUCACAUUUCUUUUCUUUAAUGUCAAAGUUGUGUUCAAAGCAUUGUUCAUGACUUUAUACAUUAGAUGUGGGCAUUUUUGGUGUUUUAAAUUCACAAUUUUUUGUAAUAUUUGUAAUGUAAUAAAAAUUUGCUAAAUUGUUACAA